AUGGCUCACCUCACCCCCGGAAAGUGGGAUGCCCGCUACCUCGGCCCCGUCCCCCACGACAGCUCUUACUACGCCAAGUGCAUGCUCGGCGGUGUCCUUGCUUGCGGUAUCACGCACGCAGGUAUCACCCCGCUCGAUGUCGCCAAGUGCAACAUGCAGGUCAACCCGGCAAAGUACAAGGGUACCAUCUCUGGCUUGAAGCUCAUCGCCGCUGAGGAGGGCUCUGGUGCCGUCUGGAAGGGCUUCGGCCCCACGUUUGUCGGUUACUCUCUCCAGGGCAUGUUCAAGUACGGUCUCUACGAGGUCUUCAAGGACCAGUACAUGAACCUUGCCGGCAAGGAGGCCAGCGAGCAGUACAAGGGCCUGAUCUGGCUCGCUGGUUCGGCUUCUGCCGAGUUCUUCGCCGACAUCGCUCUCUGCCCGCUUGAGAUGGCGAAGGUCAAGAUCCAGACGAGCCCUGCUGGCACCUUCCCCGUCGCUUUCGGCCCUGCUCUCUCCCAGAUGAGCGCACUCAAGGCUGAGACCCGCUUCCCCUUCGGCUCGCUCGUCCCCCUUUGGUCGCGCCAGAUCCCCUACACGAUGGCCAAGUUCUACUUCUUCGAGAAGAUCGUCCAGCUCUUCUACACGCACGUCUUCACCGCGCCCAAGGACACCUACGGCAAGGGCACCCAGCUCGGUGUCACCUUCGCCUCCGGUUACCUCGCCGGUGUCGUCUGCGCCAUCGUCUCCCACCCGGCCGACUCGCUCGUCUCGCAGAUGGGCAAGCUCGAGAACCGCGGCAAGGGCUUCGGCCAGAUCGUCUCGGAGGUCGGCUUCGGCAACCUCGCCACGAAGGGUCUCGGGACCCGUGUGGUCAUGAUUGGUACCCUCACCGGCUUCCAGUGGUGGAUCUACGACACCUUCAAGUCGUCCAUGGGCAUGGGCACGACCGGUGGCAAGUAA